AUGCCCUUCCUGCCGGCACUUGUUCGUGCUUUAUGCUUAGCCCCUGUUCUCAGCCUAACAGUCACCUCCGCAGAGGUUGAUGCCCAACGACCGAUAUACGCAAUCGCACACAGAGUUCUCCGACCUGAAGCAGUCACCGCUGCUAUUUCCCACGGUGCAAAUGCAUUGGAGAUCGAUCUCACUGCCUGGCAUUUCGGUUGGUUGGCAGACCAUGAUGGGAAACUGCUCAGUGCCGGCGUCACCGCACGGAAUAUCUUUCAAUUUAUUGCUCAAAACAGUCAUAAUAUAUCCUUUGUGUGGCUCGAUAUCAAGAAUCCUGAUUUCUGUAGGAAAAAUUGGGCUUGCACGAUUGAAGCAUUGCGGGAUUUGGCUCGAGAGAUCCUAGAAUCAGCUGGUAUAAAAGUACUGUAUGGAUUCUUUCAAACAGCAGAAAGUCGUGGCUAUAAGGUGAUUGGGGAGGGCCUGAAUACAAACGAAGCGGUUGUUUUGAGCGGGGAUACGAAUAGUGUUUUGGGUUGGUAUGAUAACACAAGUAUAGCUAUUGCAGCGGAGCAGAGAAUUAUGGACUUUGGAGACUCACGGCUUGGUAAAGGUGUUAACCUUUACCCAGAACUAAGGUAUGGCAGCUGGAAACGAGAUCAGGGCCAACUUGGGAAGGUCUUUAGUUGGACCAGUGGUGAAGGGGAUACUGAGAUGGUGAGCUAUCUACUUAAAGAAGCGGCUAUUGAUGGAUUUAUCUAUGGCUACCAGACAUCUGAGUAUAAGGACGGAAGCGGCCCGAAAAACGCCCUUCAGGAUAUUGUUACGUUUGUUGAAACUCAUCCUGACACUCACCGGAUGGCUACGAAAUACGACCUACCUUGGUAG